GCUGGUUGUGGUUGAUCACAUAGACUAUCUAUUUUAUGAAUAUCUAGUUUUUUAAAACUUAUUCUGUUUUCUUGAGGUUAUUCAAUAUCAGCAGCUGGGUAUCACUUAGAGAUCUGUAGUUUUUAAAGUUAUUCUUUUCUUACCUUUAACUGAAGUCGAAGAUCAAUCAUGAAAAUGUUGGUUCUCUGGAGGAAAUAGUUAUUUCAAUUCCAAUUUUAUCAGAAGUGUAACUUCAUCCAUGUGUCUACACUAUCUACGGAUGCAUAGUCACUAUCUGCUCCGUCACAAAAUGUUAGCUGAAGUAGGUUGAAGAUGGAAAAGGGUUAGAAGUGGUCAAAAUGAAACAUAGGAUCAGUCCAUGACAACUCUGACCAUUAGUGUGAGUUGUGUAGGGACAUGUUAACUUCUGGAUUAGGAUCUGCGUGAUAAUAGAAACCAGUGGUUGGGGUUCUAGAUGAUGUGGCUGGGAAUCGACGUCAGUGGUGCAAAUGUGUUUACACGUUAUCUUCAUGUUAGUCGUCAUAUUGAAUUUCAGAAUUGUUUCACUCCUCCUUGUUCUCUUUUGAUGAGUUUCAAUGACUUUUGACUAGUUUCUUCUUUAUUGCUUUAUAGUUCAUCUUGAUGGAUCUUCACUUGAUGUGUUGAUAUGAGUCGUGUCAGCUUGAACCGUUAGACUAUAAUGACACGUCCUGAUAUUAUCUUGGCUGACUGAGUUCUUUGUUGCCCACGACGUUAGUUGUAAAAGUUUUGGUGCCGAAUUGUCCAUGUAUUUCUAGUUGAAAAAAUAGAUGAGAUCAGUUUGUGUUGCACUCCAAGGACAUAAUGAGAUUAGAAAGAGCAUUUUGGAAAAGAAUGUGCUGAUCGUGUCAUGAAAGACUCUUGGUUCAUGUUCAGUGCAGUCACCUGAUUCUGAGGAAGGGGAAGCUUAACUGUGCGGAGCAACCUGAUGUUCAGUAAAUUAUCGAAAUACUAGGAGUCAGGUGAUUUAGCACAAAUGUCUUAGCACUACUGUUUUAUUCAAAUUCAGGAUAUAAGUUGGAAAUUCCGUGUUCAAUUAUGAACUUUCGGUGGUUAUAGCAGUUAGUUGAAGUCUGAAUCACUUGUAUACGUUGUUUAUUCCCAUAAUGUUUCUUACCGUCCUGGUGGUAAUAUAUAGAACUGCCAUUCAUAUUAUGAGAGAUCUAUGAGAAGUCCUCUCUGUAGAUAUCAUACUUCAUAAGUUUUACUGAAUUUGAUGGCAUAAUUCUGCAAAAUUUAUGUUAAAAAGGGAACAACAAGGAGAAUUUUCAGAUAACUAUGGAAAUUUGUGAACUACCUACGAAGAAAUGAGUUCACUUCAGUCACUUGAUUAGUUCUCAUACUUCUUGUUGCGCAUGGUUGUUUGGAGUAUUUCGAACCUGUUUUGUCUGUGUCCGAUGAAUAUUCAAGCAGUGCUUUUGAAGGAGCUUGGUUAACUGGUGAUGCUUUAGACCUAAGAUCCAAUAUGAACCACUCAAAAUGUGGCAAAUUCAACUUCCCUGGUCUAUCUUUGAGUUCAUUCCUCGGUAAAUAUGACAAUGCUGAAAAUCCAGUUGCCACUUCGGCAAAUAAUUCUGAGUUAUCCUCAAAUGUAGCCAGUGACUCGAAUCCUCUGGAUGCGAAGUUUCCUGCUGGACAUCCUGCUAAAUUUCUACAAGCACUUUCUCAGUAUCCUGUUACCAAAACAUUCGCUCGCUAUCCGGAACAGAUUUCUUGUCUUUUAAAGCGUACUCCUAUUUUCCUAGUUGAAACACGUGCUCAUAACGCCCUUUGGCUUUCUCGAUUAAAAUCAACUACUGUCCACUGGUUUGCUAAUCGGAAUUCGCAAUCAGACAAGCCACCUCCGCGUGUAGUCCGUGGAUUAGAUAUGGGGAAUUUGAAAACUGUCAUUCCAAACUCUUUUAUCAACUGUCAGGUUGGUGAUAUCUGGUACUAUCAGCUUCAGGAAACUGAUAUUCUUUAUGACAUAAGUAAUUUUACGCGACCUGAAGAAGUGUUAUACAAAUGGUUUACAAAGGAUAUUGCUAGUUUAGAAUCAUUGAAGACUUCAUUUCUGUCGUCAGGAUCUUUGGAUAAAGAUGCACAAACAGCUGGAACGAAUAAGUUGAACGAAGAGUAUACCAGUAGUGCCAAGGAGUUGGAGAAACCUAUAUCUGAGUCGUCAGUUGCAUGUUGUAAGAAUUCAGGACUAUCCGUAAAGUCUGCAAACAAAACCACACCAUUCUGGGCACAAGUGAAUUUAUUUGCUACGCAACGUCGUCGUAGACGAGUCACGGUGGACCCACGACGUCGUCUUUCUGGUACGAAUAUUUUCCAAUGGGCUCAAAUAUAUGGUAAAACACUACCUCGCACUUCGUUUAUUGACAUCACUGCUAAUAUUACAAACUGUGGAAAUGAACUGGAUGAGUCUGGCGCACAAAAACGAACUAAACAUGGGUCACAACCGCAGUCUGAAAAUGAGCGACCGAAACGACAAUGUGAUAAUCCCAAUGAGAAUUGUCAUCAAGUAAUGAGGUUAACGUGUAAACGGGUUUCUUGUGAAAAUUCAACUAAUGACGAUAAAAAUUUAUCAAAUUGUAUAGUUAGCACCAUAAACAUUGAUCAGCUGUCUGAAUCCUCAAUAAGUGAAGAAGCGACAUCUGUACCGCCCCUGACAUCAGUACCACCAACCUCCACUGCGGAUGCAAUUACUGAUACUACCAUGAAAUAUGCUGUUGACACGAACCAAGAAUCACCACAUCCAGCAGUGGAUAGUACCUUAUUAGACGAGGCGAAGAACUCUACAACUGAUGUAACCUUACCAUUGGUUCAUGCAAGUGCUGAAGAUGAUGAUGAUGUCGAAAGAGAUCAGCGGACGAAGAAAUUGAAUUCGUCAAAAGGCUCAAAACACACAUCUGCUCUUCGUCAGCUAAUUCGAUCUAUUCAAAAAGAAUCCGCUCGCCAGUUCAAACCUGGUGACUGGGUACCUGUACGAAUAUACGCAACUAAUUCAGUGUAUGAUAUCAAAUGGAUUGAUGGAUCCGUAUCAAAAGGUCUUACGUGUGAUAAGAUUGUAGCAUUUGGCGGAUAUUCAGAACAUUAUAUAUUCCCUGGGUAUUUAGUUUCUUUGAAGAAUGACAAAAGCUACUGUUCACAACCGAUCCCAGUGAAUUCACCUGCAAGUGAACCAUCAGUACCAACCGAAACCAUGGAGAAAUUAGGUGUUCCGUCUAGGAUUAUCGAUCCGACUUGCAGUCACCCACGUGACCUUGGCAUAGCUCUUUCAUACAAUGCUAAGGAUCGAACGUGUCUUGUUCAGUGGUUUACUAUAGGGGCUAAUAAAACGGGUCCCAAGUCAUUGAUUCCCCUCAGUUCUCCUGAAGAAAUCAGUGUUUACGAAAUUGCUAAAUCUGGAGAAUAUCAAACACAUUAUGGAGAUAUUGUGCUAAUUAAAUCUGAAGGUGAUGAUGAUUAUUCGAUUUAUCCAGCUGGUUUCCUAGAAGAUAUUAUUCCAGAAUCCGGGACGUUACUAGUUCGCUGGAUUGAUGGCACGUCAAGUGAAGUUUAUCGUACAGACUGUUGGCAAGCAAUUGAGUCUGAAGAUGAUUCUACAGACGAAGAGGAUUCGAUUGACUCCGAUUUCAGCGAUUCAGAUUUUGACGUGGAAGAAAAGUGGGAGUCAUAUUCUACUUCUUCAUACUCCGAUUCUUCUGAGCUUUCUUCCUCUUCUGACGAUACUGAUAGCGUUGUUGUACAGUUGGUGCAGCUGACAUAUGAGGAAGAUUUGCAUCCAGUCGCAGCCAAACUACUGCUCGCCAGCCAACAUAUUACAUCUGCUCAGAGGCUGUUCUCUGACCGUUUCACUUUUGUUUUAUGGUUGAUGCGAUGUUUUGCUACGAUUCCAGGUGUUGCAGAUGAUAUUCUGGAACAGAUAUAUUCGACUCUGCGUAGUGCAGCUCUGGUAGAUCCCGAAGAAGUUAGUGCUAUCAAUUUGGACUGCUCUCUGCUUGAAUUAACGAAUGUUCAAGGCGGUGAUUCAGUCAAAACCCCCAGUAAAACAUUUUCAUUAUCUGAAAAAGAAACUGCAUGGAGUCAUGUUGAUGAAGUUGAGGCUGUAUCAUCCGUAGAAAUGCUUAACACAGGACGGUCGCUACUCCAUAAAGCUUUUCAACAGAUUACUGACUAUAGAAUACAAAAAAUGUUUCGUCAGUGUGAUUUCCGUUCAAAUGUAUUUGAGAAGCAUAUUGGAGAAAUUUUGCGUUUAUUUGAGUCUUUUCCACUGUCUACAACUUCAUCGGAACUGAAUACUAACAUUACUGAUUCAAAUAAACUGAUAAAGGAAGAAGGUCACACUCGCACUCAAGCACCAAACCCUAUAUAUCGAAAUCCUUUGAAUCAUUGUACUUCUGAUCUUGUGGAAUCCUUCAGUAGAAAUGUAGGUUCGAAGACUAAUUGCAAUAUGGUAGUCAAUGCUACAAUAAUAAUUAAAUUAGCCAAAUUUCUACAUGCAUUACAAAAGAAUAUUUUAGAACAACUUAGUGAUUUAAACAAUCAAAUUGUAGCAUGGCUACAUGAAUGUGCUCCACAGUGCCUACUUCAAACAGAUUCAAAUGAUUACAUUCCUGUGACGAAAAGCGAUGAUGAACGAACUGCUAAUAUUCCUGAUUCAAUUGACAGUUGUAAAACGGAGACUAAAGGUGAUAGUAACCAUGCAAACGGCGCAGAGAACGGUAGUUCAGAAUAUGAGGCAAAUAUAAUGUCAUCACCUAGUCUUAUCAUUUCUAAUUCAUCAAAUGAAGUGAAAGAGGAUUCCGUUAUUAUGGAUGCUUCAUCUGAAAAUGUUGAUCAAAAUAUCCUUGAACGUUCAGUCUCAGAGAUUGAGUGUAAACCAAAUGAGACGCUGUCUUCUAACUUUCCGAUGACACCAGUCCUGUGUACUGCAUCCGUUGAGUCACUUCCAAGUGGACAAGGAGGUCAGUUCAUAAUGGAACCGAUGGCUCCUUCCACUCAUCGAUUUUUCAAAUCAAGUCAGAAAAAUCUACCUAGCGCAUUCCAUAAAGCUUUAAAAACGACACCAGUGACAUCUUGUAUUCAUAAUGGAAAAUCUAAGUGUUUACUUUUACGCUAUUUUUGCUACUUUAUGCAGAUUUCUUUAUUAUCCACGAUACUUCCGAAUGAUAUCAUCAUCAAAGCUUUUGAGGAUCGUAUUGAUCUUUAUUCCAUAAUGAUUAUUGGAGCUUCAGGUACACCUUAUGAACAUUGUUUAUUCUUCUUUGAUAUUGGUCUCCCAUCGAGUUAUCCAACAACUCCACCACAGGUUCACUAUUACAGCUUUGGCAACGAGAGAGUCAACCCGAAUCUGUAUAUCAAUGGGCAUAUCUGUCUAUCCCUGUUGGGAACAUGGAGUGGUCAAGGGACUGAGAAUUGGAGUGCAGAAACCUCUAAUCUGCUUCAAUUACUCAUUUCGAUUCAAGGGCUAAUUCUCAACUCUGAACCAUAUUUUAACGAAGCUGGCUACGAAGAACAACGUUCAAAUCCGGCAUUUCAAGAACAAAGUCGUAUUUAUAACGAGGCUGUAGUAGCUCUCAAUUUACAGUCGAUGAUCAGUAUUUUACAAAAUCCUUUUCCGAUUUUCCGAAAGGAAAUUAUUAAACACUGUGUAGAUAAAUAUAAGGAGUAAGUAACGUCUCUAUAGAUUUGAUUUAAUUUCUGCUUUAUCAGUUUGUCAAACUAAUUCAUGUAUCUCUUAAAUUGAUGGGGCAUUUUUGUCAGCAGAGGAUGGAACUAAUGGUUUUUUGAGUAACGUUUUAUGGUAUUAAAAUUCACAAAAAGAGGAUGUUAUGUCGUAAGGAACGAACGAAUAAAAGAACAGAAAUGCUCAUGUUUUUUUUCGAAGGAUGAGGAUUUAGUACAGAUAUGCUACUGUGAAUCAUUUUCAGACAACAUUAAACUUCUAUUUCUUAGUCUGAGUGUGACGAACUGUCGAGUGCUCUGUAGUACUACUGUCUUGUUCCCCGACUUUGCAUUUUACCACCCAACAUUGUUCGUAACUAUUAUCAAAACUAACACUUACUUCAUUUUCUAGCUGUUUUAAUCUGUCAUGUUGAAUAAAUCAGUUUGAAUGACAGUUUACAAAUCACACAUUUCAGAAAAGGUGUUUCAAAGAUACUAUCAGUUAUGCCGUUUUUCUAAACGACUUAGUCUUUCGUAGGAGAAUUACUAGCCUUUAGACAACCCAGUCAGUUCAAACUGAAUUCUAUCGGUGUGCACCUGCAUACUUCUUUGAAAAUCAAGAAAACAUAUUUGAUUUCGUUUUUUUCCAUUCUGGUAUAGGUUUCAGACUUUGGAAGCUCCUAUGUACAGUUGUCUAUGCAAUUGUAUGAGGUACAAGGUGAUAUUCUCUUGGCUCUAAUCGUUAUUCAUGGUUACGAAGCAAGUAGUCAAUGAUUUCUUAGUAACGAGGUUUUUGAGGGUAUUUUUAGACCUAAUUAGGCCGUUAUUCAUUCAGUGAAGCUUACUGCUGUAAACAACGGGAAGAGCAUAGAGAUAUAUUAUGAGGCAAACACUACCUCAGAACAGAAAGCAAAGUCAGUUUUGAAUUAGAUGCUAAUA